CUGGAAAAUGUACAGCAAAAGAAAAUCUUGAAAGAGAAUAAGAAAAGCACACAACAGAGAAAAGAGCCAUGGCCUGCUGAUUCGGUAGAAUCUCUGAUGGCAGAAAUGCCGUUUGUCGACACAGAUAUUGAAGAUGAAUUUGUUAUGCAUGCAACCUCUGAAAUAGAUAUAAAAAAGAAAAGGAAGAGAACUACUGGAAGGGAAACUGAAGAAAGCAGUGAGAGAAAGAAGAAAAAGAAAAAACAAUAUCAGCCGAAUUAUUUCAUUUCUCUUCCAAUUACUAAUCGAGAGAUUACUGGCAGUAUUCAGGCUGUCCAAGACGCAAUAACACAAAAGGAUCAAAGGCUUUCUAAAGCAAUGGUUCACCCUGGCUCGUUGCAUGUCACCAUGUUAUUGAUGCAUUUAUCCAAUGAAGAAGAAAUUAGCAUAGCAGUUGGUGCUCUUUCAGACAGCAAGGAUUUUGUAGAAGAUCUCCUGAAAGGAAAAAACGUGGAUUUGUCUUUUAAAGGAAUCGAUCACUUCAAAAAUCAAGUUGGAUUUGUGAAGUUGGCAGAAAAUGAUCAUACAACUGUACUUAUGGAAAUAGCAGAGACUAUGAAGAAGAUAUUUCAAGAAAAGGGCAUCUUGGCAGGAGAAGAGCGAGCUUUUAAACCACAUCUGACCUUCAUGAAGUUGUCAAAAUCAACACAGCUACGUAAGCAGGUGAAAAAAAUUGACUCAAGCCUGUAUGAAGAUUUUAAAAGCCAUUAUUUUGGAGAUGAAAUCCUGCACCGUCUAGAUCUUUGCUCCAUGUUGAAAAAAAAGCAACCGAAUGGUUACUACUACUGUGAGUCCUCUAUUGUUUUUGGUGAAAAACAUGCAGCAGAGCCAGACGAUGCAGAGCUGGUGAGCCUCAGCAAAAGGCUGGUGGAGAAUGCGGUGCUGAAGGCCGUACAGCAAUAUUUAGAAGAAACACAAAACAAAACGAGACAGACUGAUGGAAGCCCCGUGAAAACUGAAGAAGCAGCAAGUGGCAAUAAGAAUGAGAGUGACAAUGAUAACAGCAAGUGAGCACCAUGCAAAAAGCCCGGGAGCAAAUCUCCCACCAAGAAUAACAACAAAAACAUAUCCCAGCUCCUCGCUGAAAUUUGCUAAGUGGUGCUGGGUGACAGGCACUCUGCUUUGAGAAUCUCUUAUCAAAAGUUUGUUCUGAAUCGAAGGACACUGUCUACCAGUUUAGUAAGUGCUAGCACUGCUGAAAAUCUGUUGAAUGCUGGGAGGGAUGGACGGUGGAAAAAAAAACCAAGAACGGUGAAGCAGGCGGCUCCAGUCUUCACUGGCUCUUGAUACCAAGAGUCCCUUCCUUGCUUUUGAAGAGAAAGUGAACCCUUUGCGUUUGCCUUUCGGAUUGUCAUGAAUGGCCGCGGAAGAGGCCUUGCCAUAAGUGGAAGCGAUGCCCUCCGCCCGAGGGUUUGGCACUGCCGCAGGGCUGCUUACUCCGUGUGAGAGCACGUGCUGUUUCCUAGUCAACGGCGGUCAACCCCAAGCUAAAAAUUACCACUACAGAUAUUCAUCGCAGAUACUAUUACACAGUAUGUAACAUGGCAGGAGUUUCUCUUAAAUGUGACACUGUACUGUUCUUUACUUUUUGGUAGCAUUUGUUGAUGUAAAUUAUUUUUUUGACAAAGUACCUUUUUAUAAAAAAUCAACAUGGGCAAAAGGCUGAGCAAUUAAUACUGUCCAAACCAGAUGCGAUCUCUUUACCUCCAUACAUUAAUGACUCUAAACGACAUUAGCUGUUAUAAAAUAUAUUAUAUUGUUCUUUUCCUCCAGGAAAGAGCCAUGAAGCAGACUUGGUAAAGGAAGCUUUGCACAGAGAAACACAGGCCCUGUUAUCCAGACUGACGCAGCUAAAGGAGCUGUU